UUUUUUUUCGAAGGCCCCGCGCUGUGGCGUCUGCCGCCAGAACCCGGCGUGGCGCUCUCACUCCUUUAACUUGCUUGCAGGGUUUCCGAGAGGGGCCGGGCUUCGGGUGGCGUUAGUGGUAACGGGGAUCUACUCUCUGGUCAGUCCUUUCUGAAGAUCAUUUCCAACUCUUUUUAGGGAUCAAGUUGCCCUGAAAAUCUCUCGUUGUUCUUCCUGUUCGUAAUACAACAAGGCUUCAGCUGGCGAGGCAGGGAAUUAAAAAAGCUCCAAAUCGUCUCUCGCAAGCCGAUGUGCACAGCCUUCUCUUCACCUGCUGCCUUCGGGACUUUACAGAGGACAGCGAGGAGGGAUCGGGCCUUGCCCUUCCGUUUUAUUGUCUGUGGGUGUCUGAAGCCCCAUCUGCCGCCCUUACAUCCCUUCCUUGCCCCUUAUCCUCUGGGGAAAUGGAGGCUAGAGACAAGCAAGUGCUUCGUUCACUUCGCCUGGAACUGGGUGCGGAGGUAUUGGUGGAGGGACUGGUUCUUCAGUACCUUUACCAGGAAGGGAUCUUGACGGAAAACCAUGUUCAGGAAAUCAAAGCUCAAGUCACAGGCCUCCGGAGAACAAUGCUGCUGCUUGAUAUCCUACCAUCCAGGGGUCCAAAAGCAUUUGAUACGUUCCUAGAUUCCCUGCAGGAGUUUCCCUGGGUAAGGGAGAAGCUGGAGAAGGCAAGGGAAGAAGCUGUAACUGAGCCACCUGCAGGUAAUUUGUAUGGAUUUGGUGGUCUUUUCCUGUGAGGGCCUGAGACAUAUGGGAAGGAACAGCUUUCUCUUUGACCAAGAGGAUGAUCCCCUCUAAGAAUGAACUGAUUUUAUUUUAUUAAAAAGCUUUCUUGUUUUGGUCUUCUCAGAGAUUCUUGGUUUUCCCUUUAUUUUGUUUGUUUAAUUUUUGUGUUUCACUUGUACAUUUGAGCUGCAGCAGAGGCCUUUUUUGAUGAUUGGUCCCAGUUGCUUUUUCUUUAUGUUCUGGAUGUAAUUUUUUAGGGAGGAAUCAAGUUGUGUCUUGAAACUUGCUACUCUUUUAACACUCCCCGGCUCUCCUAAGCAAAUCCCAACACACACACCCACACCCACACACACCCACCCACCACUGUGAACCUUUUGAUUCUGUUUAUUUUCCCAGAAUCUGCUUAGGUGAUGGUUCUCUGGUCUGUCUCUUAGAUGUUAAUAGGUAAUUGUGGUUUCAUGUUUUUCUUACCUAGUAGGGAUUCUUAUGUUUUGAAAGGGGCAUUCUGGUGAUAAAAUGACUUAAUCCAGGCUGGCACCACGGAAAGAACACUUCACAGUGCGUCCCUUACUGGCCAAGGUCACGUACUAGACACUAGAUCAGCUGGAAAUCCUCCCUGGGCUCCUAUCAGGUUGUUUAAGAGAUGAGGAUAGUGUCCUGUCUGGCUGAAGGCAGCAUGUGUCUGCCCGCUGGCUUCCCGCUGCUUGAAGGGCCCUGUCUGCACUGCCAAACUAACUCUAGUAUCUGAGCUAAUCUGGAUCUGCAGAGGAGGUUUGUUGGCACCCCACCCUGACCAUCUGGUGGGACUUAGCCUAGGUUUUGGUGGGAGUGACUCCUGGGCCACAGGCCUCCCUGUUCCAGCCCUGGCUAAAGGACUGGGCCUCUGCUGUGAUUCUCACUAACAGUCGGCCUGGUUUCCCUGCCUUUUACCUUUUACCCCAGUCUUCCUUUAGGCUUCAGAGGAGGGUUUUUUUUUUUAAACCAUCUCUCCUAUCUAGACUAGGCCUCUGCUUUAUGUACUUUUAGCCACAGGCCACAGUGAAGGAUGGGUCUCUGGGAGGACAGAUCAUCACCUCUUGCAUUAGCAUCAGCUCUUUAGUGGAUAUGUUUUACUUGAUGGAGUGGCUGUCCUUGGGCUGAUACUUGCCUUAACCUUUCCUGAGCUUGAGCUCGUUCUCCUCCUGAAUCCUAUGGCCUGGACUCCCUGGCUACCGUCACUGGGGCAGUACACAUGUCCAGUCUAUUUCCCCUCUACCCAGGGGCUCGAGGGCUCAGCCUGCCUCUUUUGGAGCUAGUCUUGAGUGACCAGGCUGAGCCACAUCAGCCACUCUCUGGAGAUAAACUCUGGCUCUGUGAAUACCCGGAUGCAUGUGAAGUUAGGAGCUCUACUGGCAGAAAUUUUUAGGUAUUGUAAUAGGAUUAUUAGAGAGAUUUCGAGCCUGUGAUCUAUUUCAUAGAAUUUUCCAAUCAUGCCAUGUUACCACCCCUACUCUGUCUAUGAUCAGUUCAGUGUUGAUUUCAGUUUAUCUAGCUUGUGGUCUAUCCAGGUGCUUCUUAUGUGGCUAAGUAGUAUUCACCUUGUGGUGUCUCAUGAACUAGAGAGGGAACUGUGGGCUGGCAUCCACCUAAGACCCCUGCCUGAGCUAAGUAAAGGGAGAGUUUUCAGAGAGCCCUGAUUCUGUGUAUGACUAGCAGAUUAUCACAUACUUCCUGAGGACCCUAAUGCCAGACCCUGGGUAUAUAACAACAUAUAAAAUCUUGUCCAGACCAAGCUAAUGAGAUUGAUUCAUUCGUUCUGCAAAUAUUGAGUACUGACCAUGUGCCAGAUAUUAAGUGCUGGGGGUAUGACAGUAAACAAAACAAAGCCCCUGCUUUCAUGGAGCUCAGUAUAUUCUAGUGUGGUGGCAGGGAGAAGGGGCAGGGACAGGAAAUAAACAAAUGAAUAAAUAAUAUAUCAGGUGGUGAUAAGUAUUAUGAAGAAAAAUAGUCCAUGAGGAUAGGGAAGAAGGGCUUACCAUCAUAUAUAAGGCGGUCAGGGAAAGCAUCUCUGAUGAGGUGGCAUUGAGAAGACACCUGAAGUUAGCGAUAGAGUGAACCACAUGGAUAUAUGGGGGGAAAGCAUCUCAGAUAGAAGAGACCACAACUGCUAAGGAGCCAUAGGUGACAAAGUAGCUACAGCCCAGGCCUGACUGAGAGAGGACACCCUCAUCGUAGAGAGAUGGAUCACUGCAUAUCAGCAUGGGUUCAGUUGCAAUUAUUUGUUGAGAGCCCACCAUGUGCUUCCCAAAAUGUGAGAUGUGUACAGCCAUGAUUUAGAGUGGCUCUUGAGCUAACUUUCGAUAACACGUGGUCUUGGUAUUAAACAAUACUGAAUCACAUAGAAGAAAGUUUUUUUCCUUUUUCUGUUCCAAUCCUGAUAAUACUCAGGUGUUUGGUACAAGUAUAUCUGUAACACCUCCCUUGACACUUGCCAGUUUCUCUUUUUAAUAGAGAAAAAGGCAUCCUCAUACUUAAAGCCUUCGAUGAGUAACAGUAUUUAACUAGAAUUUAAUGAAAAAAUACUAAGAAAAUAAUAGUGGUAUAAGGACAGGCAAAAAAGUGUGAAGAUUCUUUUCAUAUGUGAUAUGUCAUUUAGAAAGAGCAACAGGGGUUUGGGAGCAGGAGCCAUUGCUUGGCUGGUAUAGUUGGGGAAGGAAGCCUCCAGCUGUACUUCAGAGAAGAUAAUACCUUAUUCAAAGUGCUUUACUGUUUUGCUCCUUCAUUUUCUGCACAGUGGCAAGAACUGGAAACCUUUGUUAGUAAAAUUGCCAGUGUAGUUUAAUUUUAAGUUUUCUAAAUUUUAAGCACAUUCAUCCUCUAAUGUAACAAAGUCAGCAAAAUGGAGCCUUCUCCUGGUGUUAUGGAACUUUCGAGGGACUCAUAGAUCAUCUGAUUUUUCUCCGAGACAACCCAGGCUUAGGGAGAGUAAGUCAACUUGUCCAUGGUCUCACACAGCUGGUUAAUGUAAUUUAUUGUUGGGACUGGAAUCCAGGCCUCCCAGUUCUUGAUUUAGAACUUUCUUAGCUGCUCUGCAUUGGCUCCCUGCUGGGUUUGAAAUGGAACUGAAUUGUGCUGUAAUGUUAAUAAUUGAAACAGGCUUUUUUAAAAACUGUACUAAUGCGGUUUUUUUUUUUUUUUUUUCAUUUUAAGAGGAACAUUUUCUAGGGCUUUUAGAGGUAUAAUGGGAUGAAAUUUUACUAAAAUGUUUUAUUUUUAUUAGUGCUAAUUUUAAUCAUUUUAAAAGGAAAUUAUGAUAGUUCAUUACUGUGUUUUAUCAGAAGAUUCCCCCCCCCGCCGCCCGCUUCUGCAAGGCUGACAUAAAGGAAGAAUGGAAGACUUUUUAUUGAGUAUUUAUGGGACUGAUGAAAUAAUGCAUCUGUCGGCAGCCAAUUGCAGCUCUUUCUAGGAAUAGCAAACCAUGUGACAAGUCUCACCACAGCAGAGAUGCCUCCAUUUCACUUUAAAAAAUGGAUUUAAUGUUCUUUUCUCCUAGAAAUUCUCACUGUGACUUUUUUCCCCUUCCUGUGGAUGUACGGGCUAUUCAGCUACAUCAGUCACCCUCUUGACCAUCAGGGUUGAUUUAGCUCAGUGUUUCUCAGCCCUGACUGUGCAUUAGAAAUACCUGGGGAGCUUUUAAAAAAUUACCGAUGCCUAGGCUUCACACCAGACCAAUUCAUUCCAAAAUUUUUGGAGAGGGUGGGGUAUGGGCAAUGAUAUUAAUAUAUACACAUGUACAUGUACGUACACACACAUACUUGCCUGUGUAUAGGCACAUACACAGGUACACAGGAGCAAACAUCUCGCUAGAUUAUUUUAUAAUGCAGCCAGGGUUGAGAACCUUGAGAUGUUAUCAUCUGGUUAGGCUUGUGGUUCCUUUCUCACUUAUAGAUCCCCAACCGUGGGCCUCCCAAAGCUGUGAGGAAGGUAGAAAGAUGGGAGGAAUGGAGGUGUAGAAAGAUGUAUCCUGUUGCUGUCGAGUUGAUUCUGUGUGACAGAGUAGAACUGCCCUAUAGAGUUUCCAAGGGGUGCCUGGUGGAUUUGAACUGCCAACCUUUUGGUUAGCAGCCGUAGCACUUAACCACUAUGGCAUGAGGGUUUCCAGAAGGAUAUAUAGUUUAAGUCUGUAAUCUCACAUCCUUUUAAUUCCUUGCAUUUCUUGUACAUUUUUUCUCAACAGUUCUAGAAUCUCAGGCUGGGGUCAUACAGGUUUAGCUCUACUACCAACAUGAAAACCCAGUAGAGCUCUAUAAGGAUAUAUAGGUAGAUGCACUUAGAACAAAAUUGACUGGAGGGCAUAUAACACACAGCUGGAGAAUUUGUAUUUGGGAGAAUUAUUUUCAUUGCCUAUUCACAUUGUUUGAUAAUUACAAACCAUCCACAAUCAAGUUAUGUCCAAGGGGAGGCAGAACGUGUCCCAUUGCCAGCGGGGAAUAAGAUGGAUGCUGCUCUGAGAUACAGAUUGAGCUGAAGAUGGUGUGAGGAUAGAGGAGAGGAGGAAGGAGACAGAUGGCUGAUCGGGAAGGCUGAGACUGGCUUAGUCUGUCCAUCUGUGUGUCAGUCAGUCAGCCUGUCUGCCCACGGUUUUUGUUUGUAAUUAAAAAUGAAUUUCAGUUUCUUUCUGUGUCUCAGAAAGAACCUCAAAUAACAUCAGUAAAAUAACCAUAAUAUUUAUUGGGAGCUUACUAUGUGCCACUAUAACAGAAAUACCACAAGUGGAUGGCUUUAACAAACGAAUUUAUUUUCUCACAGUUUAGGAGGCUAGAAGUAUGAAUUCAAAGUGCCAGCUCGAAGGGAACGCUUUCUGUCUGUUGGCUCUGGAGGAAGGUCUAUCAGGACAGGUUCUUCUCAACUGCAUCUGAAGGCAUGCUUCUCUCUGGCCCUUGGCCCCUCAGCCCUUGGCCUGGCCCCUGGCCUGCUUGGGCAAGUCUUACAAAGCUCUUUAGUUCCCCUGAUAAAUGCCCAGAGGCACCCCACUUCACCAGGAGGCCUCCUGCCUGAAGGCACUUAACUCUCUCUCUGAGGGUUGGUUCCUAUGCCGCCUUGCUCUGUCUUAUGGUUCUGCUGCCAUCAUUUCCCUGUCGCUGCUUCUUGCCAUCCUGCCCUGUCUCCAGUGUUACAGCUCUCUGUGUCUCCUGGUUCUAGGAGGUUCUCAGCACAGGGACCCUGGGUCCAAAGGACACACUUCUCUCUUGGCUCUUCUUUUUUGGUGAUAGGAGGUUUCUCUUUCUGUUCGCUUCUGUCUCCUUUUACCUCUUAUAAGAUAAAAGGUGAUAACUCCCCUUAUAUGGGAUCAGGGCUGUGACCUGAGUAAGGGUGUUGCAUGCCACCUUAAUCCUCAUUAACGUGACGUAAUCCUGUCUAUAGGGUCGCUGUGAGUAGGAAUCGACUCCAUGAUACUGGGUUUGGUUUUUUUUUUUGGUUUAAUCCUGUCUUAUUAACAUAACAGACAGCUCAUUCCAAAAUGGGACCAUAACCACAGGCAUGGAGGCUAGGAUUUACAACACAUCACAAAACGGAGGAUAAUCAGAUCACAAAAUGAAGGAUGACCACACAAUACUGGGAAUCAUGGCCUAGCCAAGUUGGCACAUACUUUUGGGGGACACAAUUCAAUCUAUGACAUAUGGGUUAAGCACUAAGUCCUUUACGUUUAUUAAUUCAUUUAAUCCUGACAAUAACUUGAUGAAAUUAAUGUUAUUACCCUUAUUUCACAGAUGAGAGUAUGGAGGUACAGAGAUGUUAAAUAAUUUGCCCAAGGUCAUGCAAGGUAGAAGAACCAAAUUUGGAAUCCGGUACUUUUGACUGCAAAGCCUACUAAUUCAUAUCCUAUAAAAACACUUCCUCAAAAUUCUUAGAUUUCCCCUUCUCUCUAAUUCUAAUAAACUGUGGCUUCUCUGGAGUCACAGUGUGGUGCAAAUGGUUAACAUACUCGGCCACUAACUGAAAGGUUGGAGGGUCAAGUCUACCCAGAGGCUUCUCAGAAUAAAGGCCUGAUGAACUUUUCUGAGAAAUCAGCCAUUGAAAAAACCCUGUAGACACAGUUCUACUCAGACACCAUGGGGUAGCCGUGAGUCCAGUUGACUGGAUGGCAAGUAGUGGCUGCUCCGGAGCCUAUCACUUACUAACCCCCAUUCUUCCCUCCCCUUAUUCCAUUCUCUCCCAGACAGGCAGUGAAGCUCAAGGGGAUUUUCUGACUUUUUCUUUCCUGCCUAUUGUCUUGAGACAAUUCCUGGUUGGUGUCUUUCUCUUCCCCCUCCAUCUCUCUUUUUGUCUUUUUAAAAUUUUUUUGGUCUAAUGUGAGGUUAUAUGGGGUCAAGGAAUGAGUCCCAGGGUUUCCCCUAUCCCAACUGGCUACCUUCAGAGUAAAAACAGACUAAAUCUUGUCUGUAAUCAAGAGAGGGCCAGAGACCAAACGGGCAACACUUGCCCCAAAGCAAAGAUGAGAAGGCAGGAAGGGACAGGAAAACUGGAACAAUGGACAUAGGGAGCCCCGGGGUGGAGAGGGGGAGAGUGGGGACAUUGUGGGGAUCAAUGUCAGGAAACAAUUCGUUUAUAAAUUUUUGAAUGUGAAACCAAUUUGCUCUGUAAACUUUGACCUAAAGCACAAUAUAAUUUAAAAAGGAGGGGGGGUUAGUGUAUUGGCUCUUCUGAUACUGAAAUCAGGUCCCACUUUUGCAGCUCUUCAAUCAUGUUAUCUAAAGCUGUCAGCUCCAGUACCAGUUUUUUUGGUAGUGUGGCCUCAGAGUUUAACCAUAUGCUUAGCAACGGAGCUUUCUCUUUUUAUGGGUAUAGUUCAGACUUGUAGGCUGCUGCUGUAGCUAGCUGAGGAAUGUUUGACUUUACUUAAUUUUAAUAGGCAGCUGUGUUUAUACUUGUUCCCCAGUUUGAGCAGUAAGGAGUGUGUAUGUAUGAUUCUUUGGAGGGCAUUUCCCCCAGAUAAAAAAAGAGGACGUCGUACUUUUCUAAACAAUAAAUUUUAAUUGAGAAGGAAAUGUGACUGCUACAAGAUGUUUGGGGCAGGUUUUAGUCGUAGGCUUUAUUUUUAUUAAUGUUAUAAAAGAAACCUAAGUCUUUACAAGAAGCGCCAAGUUGACAAUUCCUGGAAAUGUUCAUGUUCUAUUUAUGCUCAGCACCAUAGCAGAGAGGAUGGCAACGCUGUUACCAAAAUAAUAUUGCUGAGAUGUACUAAAUGGCAAACGAGAGGCCUGUGGUUUUAUAACCUCAAUACAAGACUUUUAAAGAAUCUCCCUGUUAUACCAUUUGUUGAUAAAGUAUAUGGGUGCUGAAUGGGAACGGUGAAGUUCAGAGAAUUACAGAGAAGGCAGAGUAUAUCUGCUGAGACUUAUCCCGUUGUUAGAACUGUAGAAGUUUAGAGCUGGAAGGGACUUCAGAGAGCCCCACUUUAUAGAUGAGGAAACUAAGAGAUAUCACCAGGGUGGUGCAAAUGGUUAACAUGCCCACUGCUAACCAAAAGGUUGAUUGUUUGAGUCCACCUAGAGGUGCCUUCGAAGAAAGGCCUGAUGAUCUGCUUCUGAAAAAUCAGCUGUUGAAAACUCUAUGGAGUACAGUUCUAAUUUGACACGAAUGGAUUGCUGUAAGUUGGAAUUGACUUGAAGGCAACUUUUUUUUUUUUGGUUUAACAGCUUAUAUAUGGACUCUUUGGUUCAAGAAGUAGCACCUGAUGCUGACAUAAGCAAGAACAAGAAUUUCUCUAAAUACACUGGGUAGUUCACAACUUUGAAGGGAUUGCUCAAAUUUCAGAGUUUAGAAAGGACAGGAAUGAAGCCACUCUGGGGAUCUUGGGCCAUUGUAUGACCAUCUCCAGUCAAAUUCCUCCAUCUCACCUUCCUUCCCUCAAGAUUCAAAGUCUGAUUGGUCUAAACUUGGGUCACAAGCCCUUCUCGUAGGUCACUAGAUAGCUAGGGUAGGGAAGGGACAGUUCCUAAAGGAAGCUGAUUAUGAGAGUUGUUCGAUAUGCCUUAUCACACCCAUUCCUUUUGGAUUGAAAAGGUCCCACACCCACUGAUCUAGAAGGAAAUGAUGGCCUUUUGAAGAAGGAAGGUGUUUUACAUAUCCUUAAUAUGCAAAACCCAGGUUGAGGACCAAAGAUGGUAGGAAAAGUACAGGAGAGCAAUUUUUGGAACAAGAUAGGUCCCCCAGACUUUUUCAAAAUCAGAAGAUGCUGGGGAAAAAAAAAAAAAAAUGAAUUGAGAAUGUUGAUGUAGAGAGAAGGUUAGAAACAGAUUUGGAUUGGGUACUGGUCUGAGGGUUUCAGGUGUAUAAACACUUUAUCAUCCUUAUAAUAACCUUUUGAGGUAGGUACUAUGAUGAUCAUUUCUAUUUUAUAGAUGAAGAGACUAAGAGAUACAUUGCCCAAGGUCACACAACUUGGUAGUAGCAGAGUUGAGAUUUUAACCCUGACAGUCUGGCUCCACAGUCUACAUUUCUACUCACUAUGCUAUUCUGUCUCUAAUACCAGCUCUGGUUGGAGUCACAUGUCUUAGAUUACCUGACUUUGGUAGCUAUAGCCUCUUUAUUUUCUGUAACUUUCUUGCUUCAGGUCUCUCAAGUAACCAAAAUUUUCUGUGUGCAUGUCAGUCUCAUUUUUAAGAUUUACCAGAUGGGAGAUUUGAAAAAAUACUCAAGAAGGUAAAAGACAUUUUUCUAAGAAAUGUAAUUAGGCAAAAUAAAGAUUUUUAGUGAGAUUGUCAUGAACAUUUUCGCUCGUUUAGUUUCUGCCCUUUCAAUCUCUUUUUAUUAUUAGUCAAUCAUUUGAUGGCGCUUUGGGAAAAUGUGCCUUUCCAGGUCUCUCUUAUAUUUGAGACCUUUUAUUUCCUCAUGUGCCAGUCAGGAUGCAUUCAGGAGACAGAAACCACACAAUAAUCUGGCAGGAAGAAUGUAAUACAAAUAAUUAUUAACUAGUAAAAAGUGGUUAAGUAUUGUUGUGGAAUAACGGCAAGGACAUCAUACAUGAAGAAAUCAAGGGGGAGUUAAAAAGACAGGGGAAAGAAAGAAAAGACCAAAAUGGAUGUCAGAAGAGACUCUGAAACUUGCUUUUGAACGUAGAGGAGCUCAAGAGAAAGGAAGAAAUGAUGAAGUAAAAGAGCUGAACAGAAGGUUUCAAAGGACAGCUCAAGAAGACAAGGUAAGGUAUUAUAAUGACAUGUGCAAAGACCUGGAGUUAGAAAACCAAAAGGGAAGAACACUGUUGGUAUUUCUGAAGCUGAAAGAGCUGAAGAAAAAAUUCAAGCCUUGAGUUGCAAUAGUGAAGGAUACUAUGGGCAAAAUACUGAACAACACAGUAAGCAUCAAAGGAAGAUGGAAGGAAUACACAGAGUCGUUGUACCAAAAAGAAUUGGUCGACAUUCAACUAUUUCAGGAGGUAGCAUAUGAUCCAGAACUGAUACACCGAAGGAAGAAGUUUAAGCUGCACUGAAGCCUAAACUUGGUGAAAAACAAAACUCCAGGAAUUGACGGAAUACCGAAUGAGAUGUUUCAACAAACGGAUGCAGUGCUAGAAGUGCUCCCUCGUCUUUUUUACACCAAGAAAUUUGAAAGACAGCUACCUAGCCAACUGACUGGAAGAGAUCCAUAUUUAUGCCUAUUCCCAGGAAAGGUGAUCCAACCAAAUGUGAAAAUUAUAGGACAAUAUCAUUAAUAUCACAUGCAAACAAAAUUUUGCUGAAGAUUAUUCAAAAGUGGCUACAGCAAUAUAUUGACAGGGGACUGCCAGAAAGUCAGGCCGGAUUUAGAAGAGGACGUGGAACCAGGGAUAGCAUUGCUGGUGUCAAAUGGAUCCUGGCUGAAAGCAGAUCAUACCAGAAAGAUGUUUUCUGUGUUUUAAGGACUAUGCAAAGGCAUUUGACUGUGUGGAUUACAACAAAUUAUGGAUAACAUUUUGAAGAAUGGUAAUUCCUGAACACUUAAUUGUGCUCCUGAGGAACCUGUGCAUAGAUGAAGUUGCAGUCCUUCGAAUAGAACAAGGAGAUGCUGCAUGGUUUAAAGUCAGGAAGGGUAGGGUUGUGUCCUUUCAUCUUCCUUAUUCAGCCUGUAUGCUGAGUAAAUAACCUGAGAAGCUGGGCUAUAUAAGAAGAACAGUGCAUUAGGUUUGGAGGAAGACUUACAUACUUCUUGCAUGUUAUGAGGAGGGAUCAGUCCCUGGAGAAGGACAUCAUGCUUGGUAAAGUGGAAGGUCAGCGAAAAAGAGGAGGACCCUCAAUGAGAUGGGUUGACACCGUGGCGGCGACAGUGGGCUAAAGCAUAACAAUUGUGAGGAUGGCGCAGGACCAGGCAGUGUUUUGUUCUGUUGCACAUGGGGCCGCUAUGAGUUGGGACCAACUCAGUGGCACCUAACAACAAUAACAUUGUUAACUACUAAGGAAUACAGGACUUGCAAAUGGAAGAGAUUUUUUUUUCCCGAGGGCUGAAGGAGAGUACAGAAAGAAAACACUAACAACUUGGAAGAGGCCCCUCCCCACUCCCAAGGGUGAGAUUCAUACCUAGUUGGAAAUGAAAUGACUGCCACAUGAAUAUGUAGCCUACUGGUGGCAAUAAAAAAAAACUUGCCAUAGGGUACAAGCUGGAGCUAGUCUAUAAGAACAUCCCACUGGGUGGCAUAGAGGAUGUGGGUGGGCCAGAGCUGAUUGUCAGAAAGCAGUUUGCCAAGUGGCAGAGAAGUUCCCUAGAAAGUGAACACCGCUGUGAGUGAGUGCCACUGGCAAUACACCUUGGAGGGGAUUAAGCAUCCCAAACCAGAAAGAAAAGUCCUUUCCUCUGCUAUGGCCUUGUAGUGUCCCUCUAGUGCCCUCUAUAGACAAAAACUAGCUUUGCACCUUUUGGCAAAGGAGAAAUGUUUAUGGGGUCCAGCUUCAGUAUCACAAAGCAGGGCAAAGAGGGGUGGAUUUAGAGCUGAGAGGUAAACAUUGACAACUGGUGCUUCUCGUUGACAACUGACAAUACUACAGACUUCCGAAGGUUGUUCUGAGAGCCUGAUUUAUUUCUUUGUUUAUUCAGCCAAAAUUUGUUCAGUAUCUACCAUCACUGGCUACUCUGCUAAGGCCCCGAGGUUAUGGUUGUCAUUGUCUAUUUUUGGUCUCUGCAACUAGACUAUAAGCUUCUCUGGGGCAGAGACUGCUUUUUAUCUCCACCUGCAGAACCUAUUUAGCACAGAGCUAGAGAGUAGCUCUUACAUCUUUAUUGAAUGAAUGAAGGAAUGAAUAUAAAGAUGAAGAUAAAAAUGGAGUUCAAAAAUUUAAAGUGUAAUUGGGGAAGGGUAGAGGCAAAUAGAUAAAAUAUGGUAUUUUGAUUAUCUUUUGCUUUUAUAGAAAACCAUUCGUUCCUAAACUUAGUGGAUUAAAACAACAUUUAUUUUGCUCAUGAAUGUGCAAUUUGGGUAGGUCUUGUUAGGAACAGCUCAUUUCUUCACUCACAUGUCUGCUAAGUGGGUGUUGCUUGAUGGUUUCUCUCCACAUGGGCCUUUCUAUAGGUGAGUGGGAUUUCCUACAGCAUAGUGGUUGGGUUCCAAGAGGCAGACAGUAGAAGCUGCUGGUUUCUUAAGGUCUGGGCCCGGAAACUGGCAUAGUGUUACUUUUGCUGUGUUCUUUCAGUUAAGCUGUCCCAGAGUCCAGAUUCAUGGGAAAGAGCCAGAGACCUCAUAUUUUUUUGGGAGGCAUGCCCCUUAUAAUACUUAAUAGAUAUAAUUUUUUUUCCUAAAAGGGAAAUUAGGUGCCAUAUAUGAAAUUUCUUAUAAAUUAAUAACAAGCGUUUGUCAUUAGUUUAACAAAAAUGCCAGGUUUUUUUCCCCUAGAGUCAAAAUAAGUUUAUUUUUUUCCCUGACUCUAAAAUCAACACAUAUUUGUUGUUUAAAAAAAAAGCCCUACAAAGUUAUCAAGAAAAUAGAAAUCACCCAUAAUCUUAUCACCCAGAGAUAUGUUUAUAAUAAAUGAAUAGUGAAGUAUGGUGGGAACAUAUAAUAUUUUGAAUUUCGUUUUUAGUCUCAACAUUUAGUCAUAGGAAAUUCUGUUUUAGAAGCUCUCUCUUUUCUAAAUUACAGCCAUAUCCAGAAAGUUAUUGUUUAUAGAUCCAAAGACUUAACUCCAGGAUUUCUCAUGCAAUGCCAAAAUAAAGAAGAAAAUCCAGAAGGCCAAAUGUGCGUGUAUGUGUAAAAUUAUAUGUAUUUUUUUUUGCAGAGAAUAAAACUGCGUCAAUGGGAAGCAGUCUUUUCAAAUUAUUAUCAAGGCAUGUUGUUAUUUCAUUUAGCAGAGGGUGGGGGUAGGAGCGCUGGACUUAAAUGACCUUCCCCAAAUGACCCUUAAGUUUAACUACGAAAGUAGUUUUCACUUUGCUGUUUAUUUUUCUGUUUAUCUUUGUAUGAGUAUUCAAUUUCAAAGUAUUUCACUAGAUUAUUAUAUAACCUGAGUUUUUCAAUGUCCCUGUGUAUAUGUUUUUAAAUAUUAAGUUUCUAAAUCUUUCCUCUUUGUUGUUUUCCCUGAACUGUUAGGCUAUAGUUGAUUGAGCCUUUGCCAGUAACAUUUAAAAAUAUAUUUAUAUUCUUGAAAUAGACUUAAUUUGUAAAUAUGUGGCUGUUCUAGAUAGUACAUUCUAUCUUUUUCCCCUUGGAAAGGCAUUCCUAAUAACUUUUCUUCAUUAAAUCAUAGAAUUUCAAAGAAACUGUUAAAACCUUUUACGGAGUAAUCAUAUCCCUUUCCCCUCACUCCUCCUUACCAGACCAAACACCUUAAGCCAUUGUAAGAAGCAGAAAUCAAAACCAAAACCAAACCUGUUUCCUUCGAGUUGAUUCGAACUCAUAGUGACCCCAUGUGACAGAGUAGAAGUGCCCCAUAGGGUUUCCAAGGUACGGCUGCUGGAUUCGAGCUGCUGACCUUUUGGUUAGUAGCCGAGCUCUUAACCACUAUGCCACUGAGGCUUCGAGAAGCUGUAGAGGCCUUAUAAACCAAAGGGAGAGCACAGUGCUAGGAACUCUAACACUUUGCCUCCCUGCUUCAUUUCAGCAAGCGUUUACUGAAUGUCUGCUGUGUGCCAGCAGUUAAACAGGUACAGAAAUUAAUAAAACAGAAUUCCUGCACUUAAGGUGCUCCAGAUAAAUGAGGUAACACAUGUGAAGUGCUUAGAAAAAGCUGGGCAUGUAGUAAACAUUCAAUAAAUGUCAGCUGUUGUUGGGAUUAUCAUUAGAUGCAGCUGAAGAGUUGUGGCACAGAGAAAUGUGAAAGGAACAGUGCCAGCUCUACUUGGCCUGUGGUACGGCAGGGUUGGGGAAGGCCUUCAGGAGAGUGUGUAGACCUUAGUGUUGAAGGGUAAGUAGGAAUUCACUAGAAGGGCAAAGGGGGAAAGACGUUCUAGGAAAAGGUAAUAGAAAGCGCCAGGGCAUGAAGGCAAUGUUUGUAAGUUGUGUGUGCCUGGUACCUAGUGAGCAAAGGGAAGGUGGAGGCAGCUCAGGCUGACACAUUUUGAGAAAGGGAUUGACAUGAGCAGACUUGCAUUUAGGAAGACCACUCUGGUGGCAUAUAGGUGGGAAGCUAGUAGAAAUGGGGGCAGGGAGCCCAAUUAGGAAGCUUUUGUAGUAGUCCAAAACCGGACCAAACCCCACUUCCAUUAAGUCGAUUAUGACUCAUAGUGACCCCAUAGGGGUCCAAGGCUAUAAAUCUCUGUGGAAGCAGACUGCCACAUCUUUCUCCCAUGGAGCCCCUGGUGGUUUUUGAACUGAAGACCUUUUAGUUAGCAGUCAAAAGCUUUAACCGCUGCGUGACCAGGGCUCCUCAGAGCAGUCUGGAUGAAAAGAAUUCAAAGACAGAGCAAUGGCAGUAAGGAUAGAGAGAAGGGGAAUGGGACUGAGAGAUAUUUAGGAGGAAGAAUUAAAACGUGUUCUCAGCUGGGGCAAUAUGGCUCCCAAGGGGACCAAAAUUGGUUCGGGGAGGGGGGUAAAAAAAAAUCAGUGAUUUGUGGCUCUCUAAAGGCCACAGAACAUGAACAAAUGUACAGAUAACUUGUGGCAUUAAAAUUUCAUGGGCGGGGAUGCAAUUAGGGAAAAACAUGACUAAAAAGUCUUCUUGGGGAGGCAGUAAUAAAGUGAGAAACACUGGAUUAGAAGGACUUGUCACCUGAUUGACCUUGGGGAUGAGAGAGAAGAGGAUUCUAGGAGGACACCCAGAUUUCAGGUGUGGAAUGCAAAUUUACCAAGAGAGGAUACAUAGGAGGAGGAAGGUGUACAGGUUAUGUUUGUUGAAUUUAAGAUAAUAGUGACUAAUGUUUGUUGCUGUUGUUAAGUACCUUCCAGUGUUCAUUGCAUGAGCCCUUCAUGAGCCAGCCCUUUAAAAGCUUUAAAUUUAUCAAUAGUGUGAGCUAGAUUCUAUUAUUAUUCUCAUUUUUCAGAUGGGAAAGCUGAGACACAGCUCAGGGCCACACAAUAUUUUUUUAAUUAAUUUAUUAAAAAAUUUUUUGGUUUGUUGUUGUUGAGAAUACAUGCAGCAAAACACUCACCAGUUCAGCCGUUUCUACAUGUACUAUUCAGUGACAUUGAUUACAUUCUUCAAAUUUUAUAACCAUUCUUGCCCUCCUUGUUUUGAGUUGCUCCUCUCCUGCAUUAACAUAAACUCAUUGCCCUGUAAGGUUCCUGUCUAAUCUUUUGAGUUGCUGUUGUCACUUCACACAGCAUUAUUCCCUGAAAAUGCUCCGUAAGAAUGCAGAGGUGCAGUCUGGGCUUGGAUAGAAUCCUGUUGCCACCUUUUAUCUGCUAUGUGAUCUAAGUUAUUUCAUUUUUCUCUAAAUUUUAAUUUCCUAGUAGGUAAAAUGGGUUGACGGCAGUGGUAGUGGGUUAGUAGGUAAAAUGAAGGUGCUUCUUGCUCAUCUUCAGUUGUUAAGAUUAACUGAGAGGAUAUCUGAACAAAUCUUUUAAAACAUAAAGUAUUGUGUAAAUGUAGGUAGUAUUUUUAAUGUUAUCCAGUAGGUACCCAUACCCAUUGCCUUGGAGUCGAUUCCAACUCAUAGUAGCCCUGUAAGACAGAAGUGUCCCAUAGGGUUUCUAAGGAGGGCCUGGUGGAUUCGAACUGCUGACCUCUUGGAUAGCAGCAGAUCUUUUAACCACUGCGCCACCAGGUCUCCAUUCAAUACGUAGUAUCAAUAAAUGCAAUUUUUCUCUUUGGCCUUACCUCUUGUCUCUUCAUUCUCUGUUCUUGAAGCUUCCAGAGGAUUUGAAGGGCAGAAUGAGAGACUUUCAAACCUCCUCUCCUUCCUGUUUUAUUGCAGCUGUAUAGAUACCUGCUGACUAUUCCCUCUUUUCAAUACCUGAAAAUGGUUCAGGCAGCUUUUACUUCCUUGGGUUUUCAUGAAUGUCUUUUUUCCCAUCUAAACACAUGAUUCACUUCUCAAUCUGUGAUUGUUUUACUUUUGCCCAUUGAAACUUUUCACAGAGGUCAUCAGUAACCUUUGGUUCAAUCCACGUUUUUUAAGCUGCUGCAUGCUAUCUUUGUAGCCUUUGACAUUGUGGGCCACUCAUUCAUUUUUGAUAACACCUCCUUCCUCGGCCAUGUAUUCUCCUACCUCUCUAUCUGUUAUUUCUCAACUUGUUCUUACUUUGCUUGCCCUUUAAGUGCCAGUUUUCUCCUGAAUUGUUAAAUCCUUCUUAUCCUCUCACUGUACCAUUCUGCUUGGGCAAAGCUCAUCUGCACCCAUGGCUCAGUGACCACCCCGACAUGAAUUAAUUCUUAAUCUGUAUUUCAGCCCAAAUACGUAGCUCCGUUUUAGUGCUCUGUACCUAUUUUUUUUUACCUUUAGCUCAAUAUGGCCGAAAUAAAACCCCUCAUCUCUCACGUCAAACCUGUCUACCUUCUCCUCAGUGAUAUUUAUUUUCUUUUUCUGCGUGUUCUCCAGUUGACAAUAUUGGUACUCAAAUGAUCAGAAGAAAGUUGUAUAUACAUUUUAAAAGGCAUUUAGUACACAUAUCACCUCUUUCUUGAAGCUUUCUGCUACCCCUUCAUGGUUGGCCAAGGGAUUUUUCUUCUGUGUUUCCAAAGUACCAGGGGCAUGUUUUUGUUACGACAUAUCCCAUACUGUGUUAGAUUUUGUUACCAAAGUAGAUCAUGAGUUCUUUGAGGGUAAGAGCUUAGUUUUUCAUAUUAUAUUCUUGGAAGCUAGCACACUGCCAGAUACCUUUACCACUACUAGUUGCCACUGAGUUAAUUCUGACUCAUGGUAACCCCAUGUGUGUCAGAGACGAGCUGUGUUUCAUAGGGUUUUCAAUGAAAGCAGAUGACCAGACCUUUCUUCUAAGGCACCUCUGAUUGGACUUGAACCACCAGGCUUUUGUUUAGCAGCCAAGCCAGAUACCUAGUGGGUUCAGUAAAUGUUGGUUGAAUAAAUGAACCUGUGAUGGUCUUAUUGGCUCAACUCAUCUGCCUCCUCACCACCAAGAGCCUUUACCAUUGUCAAUAUUUUUUACUUUACCUUAUUUUUCAGCUUUCCUAGAUAGCCAGCAGAUAUAAUUCUUUAGUCUUUGACCCUUCAUGAAAGUGAUCCUUUGGCAUUUCUGUAGUGGUUACUAUUUAGUAUUUGCUGAAUGCCAGCCAUGAGACACUCACUUUACCAAACUGAAAACAGUAUUUGUUCUGGUCUGUGUCCAAAGCAGUUUCUAACUUGUCUAUCUGGUUAUCAGUCCAUUUUAUCAGCAUUAUUAGUAUCUGUUGUAAUAAUGAAAUCUCACAUGGGAGGGUCCUCCUUACUUUGCCUUGCCUUCUUUAUGGCUGAAAUUUCUAGUUUUGGAGGUAUAGGUCAGGAAUAGGAGUGGGUCCAGAGGUCAGCCCCCUGCAAGCCCAGCUCUGCCUGGGUCCAAAUCAUUUUAAAGAUGGGGGAAAUUCUAAGUCUGAAGAUUUGAAGUUUUCAGGAUUGGCUCCUUUGUAUUGAUAUUCCCAUGAACACCACACAAAAACAAAAUGGAAAUCAUCUGUACACACACACACACACACACACACACAUAAACACAAACACAAACAACAAUAGACUUCUAACACUAGAACUGUUCUUGCCUCCUGACAGAUUAAUUUGGUGCAUAUGGUAGCCUUGACUUUUAAUUCUGGGCUCCUCCUUUAGUCUAUAUCUUUAUGAUGUUCUGCUUUCUUACAGUUUAAUCUCUGUCCCAUCCUCUGAGCCAGUCUUCGGCUCCAGGUUAACUUUGUUUUUACCCCUUCUUUUCUGGCCCCUCCUUUUUUUUUCCCUUAACCUCCAAACUUGAACCUUUUUUUUUUUUUUUCAAUUUUGUUUUAUCCUGGCUUCCUCUUCCUCCACGCUGUAGUUUUCUAAUUUCUCAUGGGCUUCCCUUCUCCCUCUUUUAGCAGAUUUUGCAUUCUCCUGCUUUUCUUUUCUUUUUUUCCUUUCCUUCCUUAGCACCCUUCCCCUUUUAAAAACAAGCGGACCUGUGUCUGGGCCAAUUUUGAUUUUUUUGUUGCCAUCUUACCUUUGGCGUAAAGCAGGAGUUGACAAACUACAACCCUCAGGCCAAAUCAGGCCCAAAGCCUUGAGCUAAGAAUGGUUUUUACAUUUUUAAGUGAUUGAAAAAAAAAAAAAGAAGAAAGUAAUAGUUCAUGAUAUGUGAAAAGUAUAUUGUUUAAAUUUCACUGUCCAUAAAUAAAGUUUUAUUGGAACACAGCCAUGCUGAUUUGUUUACAUGUUAUCUAUGGCUGCUUUCACACUAUGACAGCACAGUUGGGUAGCUGCAGCAGAGACCCUGUAGCCCACAAAGCCUGAAGUAUUUAGUAUCUGGCCCUUCACAGAGAAAGUCUGCUGACUCCUGGUAUAAGGAGAGAAAGGCAUAAAGAAAAAAGCUUUGCAUACAGGAACCAGCUUUGUUUACCUAUCUUGGUGUCAAACAAGAGUGCUGGAUUAAAACGAAUGCUUCAUUCUAAAAAUGUUUUGAGAGCCCAAACUGGGGAAGCUUUUCUUCAGGGUAAACUUUUCCUGUGAAAGUAUGUCCUUAUCUUUGCCAUUUCUUUUGAAUUAAAUUUUGUCAGAAGAGCAGAUUUAUCAUUCCAGGGCAUCUGAACCUUUUCUUUCAUUUCUAAAAUUGUACAUAAGAGAAAAAGUAUUAGGUAAACUGAACAGAUAAAAGGCCUUUGUACUCUGCGCAUUCACACGCGGAUUUAAUUUCAGCUUAUCCUGUAUACUCACUCAUGGUUUAGUCUUCAGGUUUUUAAGUAUUGGGGCAAUGAGAUAAUGUUAGAAUUUGAGUACUAACCAUACACAAAAGAAGUGAAGCAAGGUUUGCAGUCAGGAAGCAUUUGCCUUUUGUUCCCAUCCAUUAGGUAUUCUGUGUAUUUUUUAUAACCAUCACCCCCAAUCUUGUCUUUUUUUCCACCUCUUUUGAAGGAAAUCAUUUAUCAUCAAGACUCAGACCUCUGGACAAGUAAUGCCAAGCAGGAGCAAGAACUUGUCCCCAUUCCCCGAGACAGCCAUUGUGUUAUUUUUGCCUGUUCCUCAGAAGUGUAGCUGUAUUAGGUUUCUCAAUCCUCUAAGGAACUUAACAAUACAUUUUGAGCGCUCACCAAGUCCUGUGGGCUCUAAGAGGCAUCAAAAGGAUUACAACCGAAAUAGAAAUCGGAGUCCUUGUUGCCCUUCAAGGAGCUUGCAGUCUGUAUGGCAAGCAUGUGAAUGUAUGGACAUUAGCAGCAGCCUGCGAAGAAUUAUCAGUGCGUGGAGUUCCAAGAGAGCAUAUAGCGUGAAAGAGUGAUCUGAGUGGGGAGGGGCAUAAAUUAGGGAGCACUUCUAAUUGAAGCUGGAUUUUAAGUAGAGCCGUUGAUUAGCAGGGAAGAAGCCAGUCCAGACAGAGCAGAUGAUGAAUACUUCUAGACAUCUCCUCAGUAUGCUCUGCUGGAACAUUAAACCCACCAUAUCACAGACUUUGAGUUGUUUCCACUAAAUCCAGUUCCUCCUCCUACUUUUGGUAUUUUCAUCAAUGUUAUUAUUGUUUUCUGAGUUAUGCAGCUGCCUCUUACUUAAAAGCUUUUAUUACUUCUCCAAACAAGUUUUCACUGGUCUCCCUAUACACAGAGGCUCCCAUAUGUGUCUUACCCAUAUUCAGCUGUGUUCGUAUUACCUGUGGCCCCUGCCUACCAUUGCAGCUUCAACUGAUAGUAUUCUCUGGAGACCCCCCCAUCUCAGUGUACCAGCUAAGUGGGACUUCUUUGUUUUAUUUUUUUUACUGUGCUUUAGGUGAAAGUCUACAGAGCAAAUUAGCUUCUCAUUAGACAAUUAAUACACAUUCUGUUUUGUGACAUUGAUUGCCAACUCUGUGAUGUGUCAGCACUCUUCCCUUCUUGACUUUGGGUUCCCCAUUUCCAUUUGUCCAGCUUUCCUAUCCCCUCCUGCCUUCUCAUCCUUGCCCCUGGGCUGGUGUGCCCAUUUAGUCUCAUAGGCAUGGUUGAACUACAUGGGUUAUUUUUUGUUUAUAGGCCUGUCUGAUCUGUACAAUCAGGGUGCUCUUAGAAGCAAGGGUGGCGAGACUACGUCUCACAUACUUUGGACAUGUUACCAGGAGGGAUCAGUCCCUGGAGAAGCACAUCAUGCUUGGUAAAGUAGAGGGUCAGUGAAAAAGAGGAAGACCCUCGAGGAGAUGGAUUGACGCAGUGGCUGCAACAAUGGGUCUAAGCAUAACGACGAUUGUGAUCCCUGAGGCAUUUCUUUGUUUUUUUAAUGUGCUGUACAGUUUUUUGUUUUUGGUCUCUGAGUCUUUGUAUGGGUGUGAUUGCCCUUACCUCUUAACCUCUUUUUUUUGCCAAGCUAGCUCCACCUUCUCCAGGAAGCCUUUUCAUACUCGGGUGGAUUAUCCAAUAGGCAAGGUAAGCAUAGUUAUGCUUACCUUGCUUACCAUAUCAUUUGUAGUGAACAAUUUCACAUUUUUUCACCACAUCAAAGAUUUUACCACGUUGGUGCCCUGGUGGCUGCUAACCAAAAGUUCAGCAGCUGGAAUCCCCCAGCCACUCCUUGGAAACCCUACAGGGCAGCUCUACUCUGUCCUUGUAGGGUUGCUGUGAGUUGGAAUCAAUUCAACAGCAAUGGGGUUUUUUCACCACAUCUUUGAGGAACUGGAGUUCAUGGAAAAAACUCAUUCAGUUUGUGACAUCUUUAAUGUGAUGAAACCCAUGUGAAAUUGCUCACUACAGAUUAGUAAAUGACCUAUGCUUACCUUGUUUAUUGGAUAAUCCUCCCCCACCUACACAUUCUCUAUUGGGUUAGGUCCUCUUGUUAUAUACUUCCAUAGCAUUUGUGCUUACUUUUUGGUAAGAUUCAUUAUUCUUGUUCAGUGUAUGCCUUCUAUCUAUGUUGUAAGAUUUUAGAGGGUAGGGAUCAAGCACUAUUGAAAACAGAUAUCACUAGGGUUGGUGUCACCCAGUGUGGUAAGUCAUGGUGUCAUCUCGCCGCCCACCCAGCCACGGACCUUCUCCACACCAGACCAGAUAGAAUCCUUAGUAAUGUUUUCUGUACUAAUGUUACUUGUAAGUUGUAAUUUCCGUAUAUCACUGAAUGUAAUGGUAAUAGUAGUGACAUAAACAACUAGCAAAAUUAAAAUCAUACCUUUAAAUUACAGUAUCAUAUGCACAGCAUAAACGUAUUUGCAUUUACACAGUUUCCUGUGGUUAAAGUGAAAAUUCGGUAAGAAAACAACAGAGAAGUUAAAAACGUAUAAGGACUACAUCAAAGUUAUGUUCAUUUCAAUGUUAAACUUUACCGUUACAUGAGAUACAUUAAUGGAUUAGGUUUUCAUAAUCAGUAGCGGCCCAAAUAAUGUAGACGUUGUAGACAAAUGCAUAUGGAAAUAUAUUCUUAAAUGAAAUAAUUCCAUAAAAAUAAACAGGGACAAAUACACAAGCAGUUCAGCACUUAGUGAACAUCUUGACUAAAUCAGAACUUUCCUUUCCUGACCUUCAAAGCUGCAAACUUGUCAAUGACUUCAUCCAAAUCAAUGCCUUUCUCUAACUUACUUUCAAUUGAUAAUAUUACAAGAUCAGAAAGCCUUGACUAUCCCAUGGUAGAUUGCAAAUAGUUCUUAGUAAGUUUCAGCUUUGAAAAGCUCCUCUUACAUGAAGCCACAGACACAGAUUGUUAGAAAUAAUUUUAGGCUUAGUGAAAGGGUUGGGAGAGAUUCUAUGAAGUGCUAUUCAGCUAUGAAUGCCAAAAUGUCAAAUGUUGCCGUAUCUUUGGCUUUUUCUAGAUCAAUCUCUGCUGCUUUCAUGUACCUUCUCAGCUUUGGUAUUUCUGUUAAAAGCUCACUCUCCGCUAUCUCGUCAUAGAAAGUGGUCAGUUUUGGAAUGGAUACCUUUAACUCUCCCUCAACGGGACUUAUUCUUGAACAGCCUCAGACAUAGCUACUACUUCCUUGAUGGCUCUCUUGAUCUGAUCUGAAGUUCAGAAUGAAAGCUGUCAAUGCACUCAAGCAUUGCCCUCUUACUUUCUUCUUGCAGAGUGAGUCCAGCAUCACUUACCUGCUCCCCAUUCCCAGCCAUCCUCUUCUUGAACCUGGCUCUUCUCUCUACUGCAGUUGCAUGUUCAUCUGAUUUUAAAAGUGCCUGUUCAGUUGCAUGCUUCGCUAGGUUUCUGUGCUCCUCGUGCAGAAAAAGUCUUAGCACCUCUAGCUUUGUCACCACCUUGGAGUUAAGCCAUUAGUCUGCAGGUCCUGCUGUUUAAGAUUAACUUCCUGAAGUACAUCACACCAGAAGUAUAGCUAGCGCAGAAAAGUGAAAUCACAGCCGGCAAAAGACCUUGUACUUCUCCUCCUGUUUCCAAAUUGUCAUGUGAAUAGCAAAGAGCUUCAACUGCUGCCACAAACUUAACUGAACUUUUCUUGAACUGGCUUAACUGCCACAUGGUGCGUGCUGUGGCGUGUUGUCGAUAGCCUUUUCACCGACACCCCAGUGUGGUCUGUUAACACGUCCCAUUGAUGGGUGGAAGCAGCAAAGACAGAAAACAUUGUCUCAAGAGUUCCAAAAAAUGGUACACAUGAUGUGUUUUCAGCAGAAGACUGUUGACUGCACAAGCUAAGAGAAUAGUCUACACGUCCAUUAAAAAUGCCUUUCUUGUUCU